AUACCAAAAACCAUCAAACACGCCAUCGAGGUCGUUCAAGCCAUAGGCGAAAGAUUCAUGUGGGUCGAUCAGCUCUGCGUUCCUCAAGAGGGUGACGAAAAAGUCAUGCACGCCAAUAUACAGCGCAUGGGUCAUGUAUAUAACCGUGCCCUUUUUACCAUCGUUGCUGGAGACAGUAUGCAUGCUGAUGAAGGAUUGAGAGGACUCCAUGGCCAUCCCAGCCGUGGGAAACAGCUCAUGGAAGACGGGAUUAUCAAAAAUGCCCGGAUGGUGCUGCCCACGCGCAUGGAGCUCAACUAUGAAGCUUGGGAGGAGCGGGCGUGGUAUUUCCAAGAGAAACUACUGUCUAGGAGGAUGCUAAUCUUUGCAGCUGGAUUUGCAGUAUGGCAUUGCCGGGGAGGAACAUGGAGGGAGGAUGUUAAUGCACUGGACGGAGAUAGUGUGAGACUGAUGAGACUACCGUCAAUGCACCAGUAUAUCGAGGCAGUAGAAGAUCUGGGUAGAAGAACCAUAGGGAAGAGCUACGACAUCCUUAAUGCGUUUGAUGGUCUCGCAAGCAUUCUUAGUGGCCCAGGAUUUCUCAACUCACCGUUCCGAAACGGAUUGCCAUGCCACUUCUUGGAUGUUGCACUCUUGUGGCAAUCAGAUGAGCCUAUGCGCCGCCGUCAAAGCGACUCCGACAGGAGAUGUCCGCCAAGCUGGACGUGGGCAGGCUGGGAAGCUGCACAGAAC